CUGUACAUCGUGAUUCAUGCCCCAAUAGCUCAUUGUCUCCGUACCGACACUCUCUCGUUCAGGAUCAUACCCGGGUCUAUCCCACCUUCGCUUAUCAUGGCAGCCUCCGUCGUCGAGGAGCAACAUCCUCCGCCCAGUACGUGGUCCAAGACGAGGAAUUUCCUCUCCUUCGGAAAUAAGAGACAGUCCAUGCAGCGACGGUCUCCUGCCGCCAAGGAAGUGGAGUCACACGAAAGAGUGGAUGACGAUGCCCAGGACGGACUGGAAGGAGCCAAUGGAAGUCAUCAACGGGCGGCUCCAGCAUCAUCAUCAGCUGCUGUUGCUCCAGCUCCAGCCAAUUCGUCGCUGCCACCAGCUUCCACCAGCGCAGAAGCAGAUGGAGCUGCGAGACGGAGGUCACAAGACUCCGUGGCUCAGGAGGAAGAGGACGAGAUCCAAGUGGAUGGUAAUGAAGAGGAAGACGUAGCUGCUCCGCCCGUCAUCGAAUUUCUGCACAAGGGCGCACCCUACUUCUGGCUCCACAAUCACUUUGCGAUUCCUGUAUACUACGACAAUGUUCGAUACCCAUCUUCUGAGCAUCUAUUCCAGUGUCUGAAGUUCCCUCACCGACCGGAGAUUGCAAAGGCUAUUCGGAAAGCGGAGAGCGCCUCGGAUGCAGUCCGAAUGGCCAAGAGGAAUGCCACUGAUGUACGGAAGGGUUGGCGUCAGGAGGGACUCAAUAUCAUUGCCAUGCGCGAGGUUCUACUACUCAAAUUCACACAACAUAGCGAGUUGAAGAGGCGUCUCCUGCAGACCGGGGACGCUGAUCUUGUCCUCGCAUCGCCUAGCGACGUCUUCUGGGGAGCUGGCAGAGCCAUCGGUGCCACUAAGACGGGCGUGGGCCGCAAUGAGCUGGGCAAGGCGCUGAUGAGAACCCGGGAGAGCCUGCUGACCACUGCUGGUCUCGGCUGGGGCUCCGGCGCAAAGACUGUGUGAUACGGGGCGUCUGCUGUUGAUGAACGUCUGUCUAUAUUUUCAAUUCGUCUAAUUUCAUCCUCAUAUCACUCG